GAGUCAGAACUGUUGUCAUCCCUCCCUGUUUUUGAUUCUUGUCUUUUUCAGAUUGUCUACAAGGCCUGGCUGUGUUCCCAGUACUUUGAAGUCGCACAGUUGAACUGCAGAAAGACAAUUCCUUGCAAGCAAUACUGUCUGGAGGUUCAGACGAGGUGUCCGUUCAUCUUGCCCGACAACGAUGAAGUCAUCUACGGGGGCCUCUCCAGCUUCAUCUGUACAGGCGAAGGUGAAGUUUACCUUUGAAUGCCUAAGAAGAAAUGAAUAUUGGCUCUACGAAACCUUUCUAACCAAUGAUGAACCAGAAUGCUGUGAUGUCAGGAGAGAGGAGCAAUCAAGCAGCCCAUCCAAAGGGACGGUGGAAAAAAGUGGCUCCUGUCACAGGACGUCGCUCCCAGUUUCAUCAGCAACAAGACUGUGCAACAGCAGACUCAAACUGUGUGUUCUUGUACUGAUUCUCUUACAUACAGUUCUCACAGCCUCGGCAGCACAGAACACGACGGCGCUGAGCUUCGGAGGCAUCAACACGCUGGAAGAAAGCUCGACCAACGAGGAGUAAGGGAAGGACAGCGUCCCCAGAGCCGCAGCUGGCCCACCACGACAACGCAGCUGCUGUCAGAUGCGACAGAGACGGGGUGCCUUUACCCUCCAGUCACUUCUUGCAAGGCCUUUAGGGUAAAAUUUAAAAAGAUGGGCCUGAAUCCCAACAAGGACACAAACACAGCUUUUUAUUGACUAAAAGGCUGUCGAGUGACUUAAAUUUCUCACACCAUUUUAUACACUGUGUUUUAAUGUUUGGAGGUUUUAUUUGCUUUCGUUUUGAUUUGGGUUUAUUUGUUUGUUUAUUUUUUGCACUUGUUAAUACAGGAUUUAUUUUGGGGGAUGGUUUCUCAGAGGUAAACUAAGUCUUUUCACUGUCUCUCUCUCUAUAUAUAUAUUUCUAGUCAUUGUGUGUGUUCAUCAGAUAGUUCUGUCUCUACGUCCUGUCAGUUUCUAUUAGAGGAAUGAUUGCUAUGACCUCACGGUAUAGCAAAAAACAACAAAAAAAUCAUAAAAAAGAAAAAAGACAAAAAAAAGAAAACAACAGAAAAUAAAAACAAAAAAAUUCCCUAACUCUCCUCCUCCCCACGGAACCGACGCCCUCCCGGCCCGUCCUCCCUGGCCCUCUUCUCUCCCCUCAGCAGACAACAUCGCUUGCUUCUGUCCGUGUAGCCACAGUGAGUGGGCGUGCACGCUCUGGGGGGCCUCUGAGCCGCUGUUGCACAAACCCGCAACGGAGCAGAACAAGGGGGGUCCUUUUUAGCUGAACAAGUGCUCUCCAUAGUAGAUGGAAUCAGACAGUUAACACAUUUUUAUGUCGAAAACAAAAUGAAAGCAAAGAAAACUACCAGGAGCUAUGUUGCUCCAGCUCCCGUUCCCCCAGGCCCAGUCCUUUCUCUCUGGUCGGGUGGCUCGGAGCGCCGCCUAGCGUCGGGAUGUGAAGAGGUAGCAAGCCCUUCCUGGGGGACUGCAGUGGGCUUUCGUUGCAAUUUCAGUUCUGUUGCAGUAAUUUAGGAGCACAUUUUGGCCAUUGGAAUGGGAACAAAGAGACUGAGGACACAAAUCUGGAUUUCUUUUGCCUCCUUUAUUGUUGUGGAGGAGAUCGUAGAGAUGCUGAAACACCUGCCCUAUACAGAAUAUAUACAAUUUUACCCCAGUAUUUCCCCAACAUAUGGUUUAAAAUUAUUCCAGGUAUAAAGUGUAUGCAAUUCUGCAUUAUCACACAAGAGGAACUUCUUUAAAGAAAAUAGAUUAGCCAUUUUCAUUCAAGUGCAAAAACUUUAUCACUCUAACAUGCUCUAGAUAGUUGAAGAAAAGAGGAGAAAUCUGAUCGCUCCGUUUGUAUGUUUUCUUUUUGUGGAAACAUUUCACCUGCUGAGUGUCUAUGAAUUUGCUUUCUAAAAAAGGCUUUUAUGAGUUUACAGUAGAAUCAGUGGAAGGAAGAGUUAAUAAGGGCUGUUUUUAAAAAAAACAAACAACAAAAUGAAUAAUUAAAAAAAAACACUUUACAUUCCUUCCUAUUCUCUAACUACACUUGGGAAGUGCACUUCAGAUAUGUUUGAUGUGUAGCUGAGAGAUGAAGGAAAACCAUAGAAAAGGUCCUCUUAGCGAACAAAAUUUAGUUAUUAACUUUAUAGCUAUGAAAUUCCCCCAGGCAUUUGUUUUUGUUCAAACAAACUUUAAUCUCUGCAUCAUACUUAACCCUGCGACAUGCGUACAGUAUGCAUAUUUUGUUUUGAAUAAAAAAAUGUUUUGUUCCAGUCUGUUAAGAAUAUUCAAAAAAUAAUAAAGGUAUUGCUUAAUAAAAUUGCUAGAAUUGUUUAGCAGUACAUGCACAAAUAUUUUACUAGAUUCUUUGUUUUAAUAGUGUUUUGUUGAGACUGAAAAUCCUAAAAUGGUCUGCGCAAAUACA